GUGAUAAACUUAUUAAAUAGAAGCAUGAAAACUGAGCCGUUGUAUGCCUUUUAUCUGAAACUGUGCGAGGACAUAGAUAUUCUCCCACAAGAAUCAGUAACCACGAGUCUGAAAAAUUCCGGUGACUCAGAAAAGUCGUCUGUGAGUUUACGGGGUUGCUCACUUAAUCUCGAGACUUGCUCUGUGCUUGGCCUGCUUUUGUCCAAAACGUCAUUCGUUGCUUUGCUCGAUUUUGCGGAUUGUGUUUUGGGAGACGAUGGAGCUAAGCAUUUGCUGAAUGGAUUAAUUGAGAACUCUUCUGUGAAGACUCUUUUCUUAAAGGGUAACAAUCUGAGAUCAGGAUCUGCUGAAGUUCUCGGGAGACUGCUGAGACAUAAUCAAUCAAUUGAGAAGCUAGUGCUUGAAUGGAACGGACUAGGGAUGUGGGAUGCUUCAUUUUCUGUUUUGGCUCAAGGACUGGCGGCCAAUCGGGUUUUGAAACAUCUUGACCUUAGAUCAAACCAGGUUUCUCAUGAAGGCGCAACAGAGCUCAGUGCUGUCAUUAAACAGAACCAUUGCUUGGAGUCUUUAGAUUUGCGAUGGAACAACGUUGGAAUAUUGGGUGCACGAGCUCUCUUGACCGCUAUUCCUUUCAACCAAACACUGAUGUCACUGGAACUCUGUGGAAAUAAUAUUCCUGACGACCUGAUGAAAGCAAUUGAAAAUGCCAUGAAACGGAACUGCGAAACAAAAGUUAUCAAGGAAGAUUUUGAAGUGAAGACCCAAGUGUUAGCACGCGAAGUUAAUCACAUACAGGCCGAGAAGGAUAUCCAGUUGAAACAACUCCUGGGAAAAGUUGAAAAAGGCGAAACAAAGUACAAAAAAGACUGUGGAGAAUUGGCAAACAAAGUUGGGCGAUUGCAAGAAGCUUUAGCAGAGCGAAAGACUCAUUAUACUCAAGCUGUAUCUAAGCUGCGAUUGGUCGAAUCAGAGCUGGCGCUGGCCAAUCAGCGAAUAGAGGAAUAUAAACAACUGUUGGACCGUGCUCAAGUAGAGUCGAAAGAAAGCUUGAGUCGGUUUCACUCUGAUCUGCAACUGGAACGAGAAGAGCGAAGUGACCAAGAACAGCGACUAGUGAAAGAGUUGACGAGAAACAAAGCUGAGAUGUCAAAUUAUGAAAUAAAGAUUGCAGAUUUGAACCGCAAGAACGACAAUUUGGAGGUUCAAUUAAGGGAAGCGAAUGACGCCGUGUCAAAGAUGCAGACAGAAAUGAAAAUCAAGGCAGUACAACUUGAUGAGCAAUUGUCAGUUGAGAAACAGAAGUGUCGCGAGGCCAUCAGAGACUGCGAGGACAGUACAGAGAGGGAGAUGUUCAAAUUGAAGCAGGAACACGAAGAGAACUGCAGACACCUCAAAGACAGAGUUUCAAAGUUGGAGCAGCAGAAAACGGUUGCUGAAGACGAGUUGAGCAGAGUCAAAUCGCAAUCAGUACAGGACAGAGUCGCAUUCGAAGACCAGCUGGCCGAAAACCGUCAGAAGGUCCGUUUAGAAGAAGAGCAGAAAUACCGACAGCUGGAAGACAAACUGAGAUUGGCCAAUAAGUCGAAAGAAGACGCAGUUAGUUAUGCUAACCAACAAACUAGUUUAGCUAACCAGUUGCAGUCAAAUGUUAAUACGCUGACGUUGGAAAAUGAGUCACUGAAAAGACGCAUUGAAGAGCUAACACAGGAGGUGGCGAAUAAGGCGACAGAGGUUAAUGUGGCAGUUAUGAAGACUAAGACUGAGUUCGCCAAUCAGAUUGUUAGGCUGGAAAGUGAGAAUUCGUCGUAUCAAGAAGUCAAACAUCAAAACACUGCACUGGAAAAGAAAAUGAAAGAAAAAUCCGACGAAAUCACAAACCUUCAAAGCCAAGUAUCAGCUCUAGAAUUUGAAAUAGGAAGAAUGAAGGACGACGAAAGACAGCGAGUAACUUUGCUGCAAUCUGCCAUCCAGAAUUAUUGCCAGACCACGCCAAAAGCCAGUUAGAGUAAAAGAAAAGAGAACAACCAGUUUGUCAGGAAAAAUGAAACUUCCAUCUAAGCCUGUAUAUUUGUUUGUGCAUAUUGAUAGCUGUAGACUACAGUGUAUAAAGCUUUAAUUGUAAAUUGUUUGUUUCAGUUAAUAAAUUCUAC